AUGCCUAAGGUCAAAUACAUCCUCCUCGACUGCGACAACACCCUCGUCCAAUCCGAACGCCUAGCUUUUGAAGCCUGCGCGGAGCUCACAAAUGAAGUCCUCGAAAAACAUGGCCAAUCCGAGCGCUACACCGUCGACAGCCUCCUCGAAGACUUCGUCGGCCACAACUUCCGCAACAUGCUGAUUGGCCUCCAAAAGAAACACAACUUCACCAUGUCUCAAGAGGAGGUAGAUGACUACGUGGCCCGCGAGCUCGGGGCUGUCACCAGGAAGCUUAGCCAGAAAGCUGUCGAGUGCCCCGGGGUUACCACCGAGCUCAACAAGCUGAAAGAGCAGGGCUAUCCCAUGUCUGUGGUGUCGACGUCCGCGAAGCCGAGAGUGGUGGCUAGUAUCGAGAAAGUCGGCAUUGAUCACUUCUUCCCCCCAGAGCACGUGUAUUCGGCGGCUACCUCCCUCAAUCCGCCCUCCAGCAAGCCAGAUCCGGCUAUCUACUUCCAUGCCUGCAAGGAGCUUGGCGUCAAGCCCGAGGAGACUUUGACGGUGGAGGACAGCAAGAGUGGUGCUACAGCUGCGAAGAGAGCUGGUAUUCCAUUGAUCGGAUACGUGGGCAUCUACGGGAUCGAGGAUAGCAAGGAGAAGAUGGAGCAGAUGGCGAAGACGCUGACAGAGGAGUGUGGGGCGAAGGCCAUCAUGUAUGAUUGGAAGGAGUUCCAAGAUUGCUUGAAGAAAAUUGAGGCUUGA